AUGUCCAGCCAAAUGAUCGUAAUUUUCUGCUUUGCCACGCUUCUGAUCGCUGCAGCGCAAUCCAGCAUAGCCAUGGCUGUGCCACCAUUCUGUCAAUCUGGCAUGGUGGAAGAUAUGCCACCACACAUUCAAAAGGUUUGUGGAGCACUCAACAAUUCGGAGCAAUUGGCUACGGCACUUAAAUCGUAUCUGAAUAGCGAGGCUGCAGCCAUGCUGACCGAUCAGGCGCCAUUGAAGCGUUCAGAUGUUGAUCACGUUUUCCUGCGUUUCGGUAAGAGGCGUUAAAUUCGAAAUAAUGGCAAUGAUAAAGAAAAAAUCGCUAAGCAACAACAAAAAUCGAUCGUUUGAAGAACUCUUUGAUUUGAAACAGUCAUCAAAAUUUGCCACACACACACACACACACGCCGAAAUCAAGCACGACGACCGCCAUGUGAAUAUAUAAGAUGUACAUAAACCAUAUACAUACAUAUAUACCAACUACUCACUAAAUUUUAAAAUUUUUAAUGUAUAAUACAAAAAGCAAAAAAAAAGAAGAAAAAUAAUUUAACCAAAGCAUGAACUUAUAUCUAUUUAUGUUAUAAUUUAUGGCAGCAAAUAAAAUUGCAUAUGCAAAAUAUGCAAGCAAAAAUA